AUGGAAACAAGUACGAACACAUACUCAUUAGAAGAAUGUAUUGAUUUUAUUGGAUUGGGAAGAUAUCAAUGGCGAUUAAUAGCAAUCCUUGGCUUUUGCUCCAUGGCUGAUGCCGUUGAAAUGAUGCUGUUGGCUAUUUUGGGGCCAGCAUUGACAUGUUACUGGCCUAGUGUCACACAGAUUCAAAUAGCAACACUAACAACUGGCGUCUUUGCUGGAAUGAUGAUUGGAGCAUUUAUAUUUGGCAUUUUGGCAGAUAGAUACGGCCGCCGACGAGUCAUUUUUACUAGUGCAGUUUUGAAUACAGUUUUUGGUGUCGCCACAGCACUAGCACCAAACUAUUAUUGGAUUCUUAUGGCGCGAGUUCUAGUCGGAUUUGCAUUAUCAGGCGCUUCACAAGGUUCAACAUUGAUGCUUGAAUAUCUCCCGUCUUCAAGUCGAGCAACGAUUACUAUUGUUAUUGAAUUAUUUUGGUCAUUGGGUAGUAUAUUCGAAUAUCUUAUGGCAAUGGUUGUUGUCCCAACGUACGGAUGGCGAAUAUUAACCGGACUUUCUGCAUUACCAAUAACAAUUGUGGCUAUCUGUAUGUAUUUUGUGCCUGAAUCGCCACGAUUCUACGUUGCCAGCGGACAUUCUGAAAAAGCUGAACGUAUUUUAAAAGUAAUCGCAUUCACAAACAACCGUACUCUACCACCUGGCAAACUUCGUGAUAUCAACGCUCGAGACGAAUGUGGUUCUGUAAAGCAACUAUUUCAUUCGAACUAUAAACGAACAUCGUUCUUACUUGCUUUCAUGUGGAUGACUGUGGCGAUGAGUUACUACGGUUUAAUAUUAAUCAAUACAUCGAUCAUGACAUUAAUUAAACAUGACCCACAAUCAAUUGCCAGCAAUGAUACCACAAACUCGUCCAGUCAUUGUAAAAUGUUAACAACAGAAGAUUAUAAAUCAUUAAUAUUUACAACUAUUGGCGAGAUGUUUGGUAUACCUUUAUUGUUAAUCUUCCUUCGCUAUUUUGGUCGACGAACAACAUGUGCAAUCAAUUACUUCUGUUCUUCUCUUUGCUUUUUAUUAUUUGUUUUCAAUACACAUACGAAUCCAUGGGCAGUCGAUGUCAUCACAUUCGUUGCACGUAUGUUUAUCAAUGCUCAAUUUGGUCUGAUCUAUUUAUAUACAAUGGAAGUUUAUCCAACAGUUAUACGUGCAAUCGCUGUUGGCUGUGCCUCGUCUAUGUCUAGAAUCGGUGCAAUGAUUACGCCAUAUCUAGCACAAGUGUUAAUUAAGAAGACUUUCCAUGGAACUAUAGCAGUUUAUGUGAUAGCUACAGCGUUGGCUGCCUUUUGUUCUAUUUUGUUACCAAUUGAAACCAGAGGACGUGAAUUGAAACAAGCAACCGCAGAUCACGAACACUCUAUGACAACGGCGGUCGAUGAUGGUGGUACCGGUUCUUCUUGGAUGAUAACUGAUAUCAGCCAUUAA